AAAAAGUUCAAACCUCCCCCCGUUUAUAAAUUAUCAAUAUGGCCGACAACAAACGUGUCGAGUGUUAAAGUUUUGUCUUCUAAAUUGAUGUAAAAUGCGCGUCGUACGGAUUAAACAUAAAGCUGGUAUAGCUGUAUUUCUUGUGGCAUUUGUAUUACUUUUAUUGGUGUUAAUUUCAAGACAUUCGGGUCCAGAAAUUCAUGUGAAUAAUGACAGUCCAAAUAUUCCUACAAGAACGGUCGAUUUCAUAAGUAUUGCCAAGAAUGUGCUUGUUAGGCCGAAAAAUGAGGACAAAACAGUGCAGCAUGGCUUGCAAAACACACCUCUAUCACGAGGUAAGCUUAAAAGUCAUUUUCGCAAGCAGCCGCGUCCACCAAAACGAAGAGUCUCUGACGGCAUAGUGGAUAAAGCGAAGGACAUCAAAAAUGUUGUCCAUGGUGACGCUUUACAGGGUCCGUUCAGGGGAAAUUAUGGUCGUCAAAGGGGGAUUCGUAAACAUAAACAAAUAAACUCUGAUGCAAAAGAGAUCAAAACACCCAGAGUACCUAAGCAUGAAGUCUCAUCUUACACAAUUGGUAUUUUGGUGAUUGCAUGCAACAGACCGGAUGCAAUAAAGAGGGCGCUGAACAGUUUAUUGAAGUACAGACCAUCUCCAAAACAAUUUCCAAUUGUUGUAAGCCAAGAUUGUGGCCAUGAGGAAACAUCCCAGGCAAUCUCUGCAUUUGCAACUGCUGUUAAUCAUAUCAAACAGCCAGAUCUUUCAGAACCUGAAGUUCCACCUAAUAUGAGAAGAUUUACAGGCUAUUACAAGAUCUCAAGACAUUUUAAAUGGGCUUUAAGUCAGAUGUUUGACAAGAUUGGAUAUGAUACUGUUCUUAUUGUUGAAGAUGAUCUUGACAUAGCUCCAGAUUUUUAUGACUAUUUCUUGGGGACAAGAUAUCUACUGGAUGAAGAUCCAACAAUUUGGUGUGUGUCUGCAUGGAAUGACAAUGGCAAAGCUGAUUUGGUAGACAGUAAUGAAAAUGGGAAAUUAUAUCGUUCAGACUUUUUCCCAGGCUUGGGAUGGAUGAUAACUAAAAGAAUAUGGAAUGAGCUUAGGCCUAAAUGGCCUAAUGGAUUCUGGGAUGAUUGGAUGAGGGAACCUGCGCAAAGGAAAGGAAGAGUGUGCAUACGACCUGAGAUUUGCCGAACCAAAACAUUUGGCAGAGUUGGUGUUAGUCAAGGACAAUUCUUUGAUCAGUACCUAAAGUUUAUUUUAUUGAACAACAAAAAGUUUGACUUCACACAUACAGACUUAUCCUAUCUCAUCAAAGAAAAAUAUGACCAGGAAUUUACGAGGAAAGUUAGAAACUUGCCAGCUUUUAAGGUGGAUGAUAUAAUAGCUCAUAAUAAUGGCAAUCAUCAAGAAGUGCAAGUGUAUUAUUCAUCCGAGAGCUCAUUCAAUGCAAUCACUUCAAAAUUUGGUGCAAUGGUAGACUUCAAAGCUGGUGUACCCAGAGCUGGUUAUCAAGGCAUUGUGACAGUCAUGUAUAAAGGAAUUAGAGUUUAUAUAACACAUAAAGAGUAGUUAUGAAUGUAUUUAAGAUGUAUCAAAGUAUGUUCCUAGAAACAGAUCCUAAAUGGUUGCUCUAAUUUUUUGUACAUUUUCAAACAUUUUGUCAAAAAAAAUCAUACACAUCAAAUAUACACUCCACUAUAAUGUGUACAAGGCUCAAGUAAGUAUAAGAACAGUAUCAUAAAUCACUUUUUUAUACAGCAUAUAU